AUGGAUGCGCCAUCGAAGGAGAAGAUCAGCAAAAAUAUGGUGAAAUUGUGUGAACUACCUAUCCUUUCACUAAAGUUGUUGCCACAUUUACAUCAAAAAGAGAUUAUUUCUCAAGAUGAAUGGAAUAAUGUAAAGGCAUGUACUAAUAAUCGAGAACGGAUGAAAACCUUGUUGGAAAUACUCUAUCAGAAGCCUAAAGGUUAUGAACAACUUAUAGAAGGACUGAGGUUGGAUCCUCACAAUAUUGCAGAUGAAAUAGAAAAUACAGUAACAACGGCUGAUCCAAGCUUAAAGUCAUGCACUGAUCCCAGUGAACUCGACCCAAAGAUCCGUAGUGCUCUUCUCGAAAGUUUAAUCAACAAAUCCGGUGAAUGCGCUUACCUGUCUGAAGUUAAGGAGCUAUUAAAAAAGAAAAUGGUUAUUGAACAGGAUGCUGAUUACAGCGAAGAGAGACUACUACAACUGAUUCAAAAAACGUUUACUGCUGUUAUAGAAAUUAAAAAGGAAAGACGAAUAAGCCGGUGGAAGAUACCGGACGUAUACCUACGAAAUAUAGGAAUGAAAAAAGACGGAAAUGUUUCUGCUAUAGAUGAUCAGGCUAAUGAUUAUGUUUACAACUUUGAUUGUACAGCUGAUGAAGUAAAAAAGUUUAAAACAGAUGAGUUGAUGACAUUCAUAGAAAAACACCUGCUUGAACAUCAUCUAGAGACAGGUUGUCUUGAUUUGUUGAGAGCUGAACAGAUCACAGGAAGGGUUUUUUUGGUACAAAAUUUUGAAUCUCUUAAAGAAUUACUAAAAGAGUUUUCCAUCGAUAUAAUGAAAUGCUUGAGUGAUUUAAUCACUCGUGUCAAAAAUCCAUUCCACAAUUUAAGAAAACCUUUAGAAACCCAGAAUCUGAGAAAAUUUGGCAGUAAUUACCCUAAUAAAAACUAUUCUAUAAAACGCAAGCUUCCAGUGACAAGAAAUAUCAACGGGCCACUGACACAGCCAAUCAGGAACUUUCAUCUGGUCGAGGAGCAAGAAUUAGAUGAUGCUCUUGAAUUUAUAGCAUCAGAGUUCAUUCCCUUUGCUUCGGCCUGUUUGAAUGAGCGACAAGAUGGGACGAUUUACUUUGGCGUGAGCCCAACAGAUUCUGAUAAAUAUCAGGCAGGAGAAAUUGUUGGUAUAAAACUUCCACAGAAAGAUAUUUUGCAACGAAAAAUUGAUGUCUUUCUUCAACAAUGUUUCGAUGAUAGUAACAGGGAACUUAUUUCAAAAAUGUUUCAUGGCGCUUGUUGUGUUCCUGUUGCAGAUGACGUUCGGUCUGAUCUUUACGUCGUGGAAAUAGACAUUUUAGUCUCCAGUACAUUACUUAAUGAUUACACCAUCUACACGCAGAUGGAAUAUCUUCCUAUCUACCAUGAGAAAUCAAAAAGGCUACAAGAUGAGAAACGUGUUCACGAAAAAAAGAAAAACUUGGGCGUGAGACUGAAAACUUUGUUAGGUGUAGGUUCAAGCGGCAGCACUUUCAUCUUCUGUCUCAUAAGUCCUGACGACGCAGAGUCGCGACCAGACGAGCUGGAGAGUAAAGUCUCAUUUAUUCAGAACCUGAAGCCUAGGUGUGUCUUCGACUUUGCGACCAGGUCGGAAGGACUUUUUAAAUCGCUGGAUGAACGUCAGGACGAUAUUAUAAGGGUUUCUGUCUUAGAUGAUUACGACCCGACUAGAAGAAAGAAUGAACAUGAUUGUAAACAAGAAAGAGACUUGAGGAAGAGGGAAAUAUCCUGGGUAUUUUGCUAUGGUUAUGAAUCAUUUUUACCCAAAAAUACAAUAGAUUGGAAAAAAAACAGAAGAACAAAAUUUCAGCAUGCUCUAGAUUUGUUCUCAGUAAAAUACUCUGUCAUAAGAACAAUCGUGGUUAUAUGUUUGUUCUCUGAACAUUAUGAGACGUUACUUGAAGCUUUUGACUUAGCUGCUCCGCUGUUUGAAGGAAGAUGGUGUCUAAUUUGUAAAAAUGAAGACAUUGCAAACAGGUUUAUAGAACAAAUUAAAAAUCGCAGGUUGGGGGACGAAAAAAAUAUAAAAGAGCGUUGUGUGGUUGGUCUAUCCUGGCAGCAGAUUGAUGAAACUUUGCUUAGUUCAAGACCAUCGCGUGCAAAUAUUAAGGCAUUUGAACCAUGUGCCUCUGGGGCUGAAGCUGAAGUCGAAAAAUCGUAUAUCAACAGAUGGUCAGACAUUGAUGUAUUAACAUCAAAAGAACUCGAUUAUUCGGAUGUUGAUUCAAAUGAAAAAAAAGAGGAGGUUCUAAAAAGAUUUUAUCAAGGUGAAGAGGUCGAUUGGUGGAACUUUUACUUUGGGGAUCAAGUCCUAACGCGGGAUGUACAUGACGACCUGAUGGCUAAUGUCAGGGAUGCACUGAGCAUUCCAGACGACACUGAAGAGGUCCACAUCUCGGAAGUAACACUUUUACACGAGCCUGGCGCAGGGGGGACAACCGCAGCUAAACAAGUGUUGUGGGAGUUGAGAAAACAAUGGCGGUGUUGUGUUAUAAAAUCAAUAACUGAUCAGACAGCAGAUCAAUUAUGGGAGCUUAGGAAGUUUAAGGACUCAACACCCAAUCCUGUUCUCGUGCUUAUAGAUAACCCCAGUGAUGAGGAUGUGGAAGAUCUUAAAGGAAGCUUAAACCAAAAGAUUGGCGACAAUACAGCAUCGAGCAGCUCAGUAUACUUUACACUAAUUCGCUGUGAACGAAGAACAGAAAUCCCAACUUCUACUCCACACAUAGCCAUUCGUCAUAAGCUUACAGAGAGAGAAUUAAGUUGGUUAUCUGAAAAAUCUGUUAAAUUAGAAGUCGAUUUUCAAAGUAAGUUAUCUGAUGUCAACCCACAAUUUCUUAUUUCGUUCAACAUAAUGAAAAACAACUUUGAUCAGUCUUAUAUUUCCCAGUUGGUGAAAACAUUAACGGAGUCUAUCACAGAUGUGAAGGAGGUAAAGUUAAUGACGAUUAUGUCUUUCAUAAACUCAUACGACAGCAGAAAAAUCCCUGUUCACUAUCUGGAUUGUUUGAUGCUUGAAUCGUCUUUAAAAGAUGGAGAUAAUUCUUCAGACAGUCAAUGGAGUCGGUCACCAUAUGGGGAACAACUGCUCAGUGAUGCUGUGAAUGCAUUACUAAACACUACUCGGACAACAGACGGCACCGAUGUUACUUUGAGAAUAUUUUGCAAACUCGUUGCGAAGGAGAUUCUUUUAUUAAUGAAGGACAGAACGGGUCAGCAGGAAAGUGAAAUUAUGCUUGAGAUUUUAAACUCAGACAUCGAUGUACGCGGGCCCUUUUUAAAAGAAAUAAUCAAACCAAUAAUACACAGCCGUGAAAAUCUAUCGGGAGAUCGACGGGAAGAUUUUUCAGAAUUUGUAAAAAACCUACGUACAGAAGGAGCUGAUGUGACUGUCAAAGUUAUGAAAAAACUAUAUGAGCUUAAUGAGAAUCCUACAACGGCACAACUGUUGGCGAGGUUUUAUUUAUCAAUAGAAGAAUUGUGCUUAGCAAAGCAAUAUGCUACUAAAGCUGUGGAAAAAUGGUCUGAUAACUCCCAUCUAAUAGACACUUUAGGCAUAGUCUAUCUACAUGAGCUUUUUAAAAUGGUAAAAGAGUGCAAAACUGUGAAUAAUGAUCAAUUGCGAAAAAUUAGCACACAAUGCUGGCUAACAUGUCAUACAUUUCAGAAUGGACAGAAAAUAAGCGAAAAAGGAGCUGAUAAUAGUAAACAAAAUAGUAAACAAAAUAUUAAACAAAAUAUUAAACAAAAUCUUGCAUGUCAUUUUAAUGAGUUGAAAACUAUAGCGUCAUUUCUCAGUUUUGUAGAAAGCCAGGGAUGUUCGCUUUCAGAUAUGCGUCAUUUCCUUGUAGACCCGGAUGCUCAAACAUCAUUUUUUAGCUUCUUUACAGAAGAUGACAUAAAAUGUAUUAAGUCGUUGCAAACGCGCUACGAAAAGGUAAUGAGACGACUGGAUGAAGAAUAUUUGAGUGUAGAUACCUCUAAGGGGAAACCAAAGGAUAGCUUCCGGCAAAAUGACUUAAUUGAACUUAAAGCAAAACUUGAUCGGUUUUUUACCGAAUAUACAGACGACAUACCAAGUAACUUAUUUGGUGCAUCAAAAUGUGAGUGGAGGUGGAGACGGGCUAGAACAUUGGGUGCUGUCUCCAUUAAAUCUCUGCUACAGAUCAGGCGUGAUGGGGACAAAUUGAACAGGAUUUAUCAGUUAAUGCUAGACAACCUUCGAGAAAGAAAUAAUAAUUUCAAUGAUUACAGAACUAUCCUUCAAACCAUUUUGGUUUUAAUGCUAGAAAAUCAAGUACCGAAUAAUUUGAUAUUUGAAGACGUUCUAGAAUGGAGCAAAAGGUACUACAGCAUGACUUUAGGCACAGAGCUUAUGAAUCUUGAUUGGUUUUUCUUUUUUGUACUUUUCAACUUUCCAACAAAAAAUAGAGUGAGCUUCCCUUUAGUAUUUAAGGCAGACUUAGCCACUGCACUUUCAAAUUGGAGAACUGCUAUAAAUCAACACAACUUUCGACACAGCACGAAGAACGAAUUGCACAAGGUUGUUUGGUUUCUGGGAAACAGAAACCCGGCUUAUGACAUUGUUCCUGUGUAUGAAGAGAAUGAAAUAUAUCGAAACUCAUACAUGCUAUAUCUUUCUAAAGGCAUACUCUCUAAAGGUGGGAGAAGUGUGAAGAUUAUCACUGAAGACAACGACGGGGUGACACUGAAAAUAGAAACAAACAAACAUGAACAGAACCAUGAUCGUUGGAUGAAAAGUGUUCAGUUCUACAUUGGUUUUAGCUUCACUGGCCCUAAAGCUUUUCUCAUAUAA